AUGACGUCCGUGAGCGAAAACUACUUCASCUGCAACCUGGGCCAAGCAGAUGUCUAUGGCCGCGAUGCAGAAUUCACCAAUAUCAGCAACUUCGUCGGCAGACAAGCCCAGACCCAUCCCACCCUGCCGGCCGUGGGAUAUUUUGAACCUGGGAAAGACAUACUGAACCCCAAGAUUCUCACCUUUAGAGAUGUUCACCAGAAAUCCAACCAAAUGGCAGAGUCCAUCUCCCUGCUUGAGAUCCCUCAAGGCCAAGUGGUGGCACUCAUGGUGCGAAAUCUACCCGAUUUCCUCUUUGCGUUCCUAGCGUUGAUCAGCAUUGGGUCACCGGUGCUGCUCAUAGCACCACAGUGUACGCUAAAGGCGUCUGCACAACUUUGCAAACAGUGUGAUGCUUCUAUGCUCUUCCAACAAGAUAGCCCUCUGGAGUUGCUUCAAAGCUACGAGGACGCCGCAUCAGAGGUUGAUUAUCGUCUUAAUUGCUACAAGUUGUCCAACAGAACGGAUACAACCACAACCCGAGAGUCUCUCUUCCGGGAAACUCCUGAUGAUACGGCAUAUCUCUUUCAUACAUCAGGUACAUCGACUGGAGUUCCCAAGCCUAUCCCACAGACACACAAAGCCGGCGCUGGAGUUCAGCACCAUUUCGAUGGAACGAAGUCCGCUACGUUCACGACAACUCCACUAUAUCAUGGAGGUAUGGCAGAUCUUUUCCGUGCGUGGACAAGCGAUGCCUUGAUCUGGCUGUUCCCAGGAGACCAUCUACCAAUUACUCAAAAGAACGUGGUGAAAUGUCUUGACAUCGCCAGACAAACUGUCAAAGACAACGGAAUGCCACCAGUCCGAUACUUCUCAUCGGUUCCAUACGUGCUACAAAGCAUGUCUUCGGACUCGACGGCACUCGAACACUUGUUAAGCAUGGAAAUCGUGGGUGUUGGCGGAGCAGCUCYCCCAAGUGAAGUUGGGGACGAAUUGGUGAGAAAAGGGAUAAACCUCAUCUCCCGCUUCGGUAGUGCUGAGUGUGGAUUCCUCAUGUCUUCACACAGAGACUAUGCCAACGAUCCAGAUUGGCAAUAUCUACGGCCCAAGGAAGGUGGGAAUCAUCUCCGAUUCGAGCCACGAGAGGACGGUCUCUACGAACUUGUUGUACUGUCAACUUGGCCGUUCAUGGCUAAACGUAAUCGGGAAGAUGGCUCGUUUGCAACAUCAGAUCUCUUUGAACCUCACAAGGAGAAGGAAAAUGCAUGGAAAUAUCAUUCGCGGGCAGACUCACAAUUGACACUCAUCACGGGGAAGAAGUUCGAUCCAGCUCCUGUCGAGUCCGCAGUGGCGGCUUCAUCUCGAUUUCUCAAAGAUGUCCUGGUCUUUGGUAAUGAUCGACCAUUCCCUGGCGCUCUCAUCUUUCGUUCUCAAGAUAGUUCAGAAUUUUCCGAUGAAAGACUUCUUGACGAGGUUUGGCCAGCCAUGGAGAAGCUGAAUGCCGAAAGUCAGAGCCAUACUCGCAUAUCACGUAAUAUGCUGUUCCCCAUGUCGUAUGACGAACAGCCUAUGGAGAAAAGUAGCAAAGGGACCCUCAUUCGCCGCAAGGCUGAGGAACGAUACAAGCAGCAAAUUGACCGAGCAUAUGCGAGCUCUACUGAAGCCAAAGAUGUUCCCGACGAGCAUUUGCUUGAGUACAUCCGAAGUAUUGUUCAAUCUACCACGAGCUCCUCGAAAAAGACAGAGGUCCCACUGGAUGAGACGACGGAUCUAUUCGCACAUGGUGUGGACUCCAUUGCAUCUAUCCAAAUAAGAAGUAGACUCCGAGGUCUCCUUCCUAAAGAUGCAGAUCCUCUACCGGCUACCAUUGUUGAGGAUAGUGGAACCAUUGAGAAGCUCAGCAAGACUAUCAUUGACAUGCGUCAUGGCAAGCAGAGUGAAAGUGACAUUGAGACACAAAUUGAAGUCAUGCAACAGCUUGUGUCCGAAUACAGCGUUUUGCACAAGCCUACCAUAAGAUCAGACGAUACUAGACCUCAACGAAACGAGCAACAAAAGAAGACAAUUCUACUCACCGGCUCAACCGGUAGUCUCGGGAGUAACCUUCUCUCUCAGCUCCUCUCCUCUACAGACGUCGAACAUAUCCAUCUACUUAUUAGGGGCUCGAGCCCCAAAGAAUCCAAACAAAGAAUCAUGGAAAGCCUUCGAUCUCGCGAGCUAGAACUACCCGCCAAUUUCGACACCAUGGUGAGCAUACACCCUUACGUACUCUCAGACCUUCGAUUGGGUCUCAGCGAAGCCUCAUACGAAAUUCUAGUAAAAGACAUCAACCUCAUCUUCCACCUCGCAUGGUCUGUGAAUUUUCUCAUGCCGCUUCGGGGAUUCCGCCAGCAUUUCGGGGGAUUGCGAACAUUACUCAGUUUGGCAUCCGAGCACGCUCAAUACUCCGAAGAUGGAAAAGGGGCUAGAGUCAUUUUCUGUUCCAGUACCGCAUCCGUCGCUUCUUUCCAAGAACAGCAUCCCAACAUUCCUAUCCCAGAAGAGAUUAUAUCAGAUCCAAAUGUCAGCGGUUCGAUCGGCUACUCUCGCUCAAAAUGGGUGGCGGAACUUAUCUGCUCAGAAGUUUCAAAGACGUAUCCUGAGCUUGCAGGCUUGGUUGAUGUUGUCAGGGUGGGCCAAGUUAGUGGACAUUCGAAGACUGGAGUCUGGAAUGCAAGUGAGGCAUACCCAUUACUGCUUUCAAGCGCAGCAGUAACUGGAUGUCUACCUGAGCUUGAUAAUGAAGAACUCGCUUGGCUUCCGGUGGACAAGGCUGCUGAAGCUUUCGUCCAACUCGCCGUUUCUGAAAGUCCAUCGAAAGAUGAUGGCAGAGAUUCAAAGGAUUUGAUACACGUCUAUUACUUACUGAACCCAGAACUCAAGACAGCUUGGAAUUCUAUAAUCUCCUGGAUUCAGCAUUCCGAGGAUUUCACUAUCGUGCCCGUGCAAGAAUGGCUGCACAAAUUGGAACAACUUCGAAGUUUAGGAGUCGAAAAUGAUGAAAAACAACAACAUCCAUGCUUGAAACUGCUGGAUUUCUGGAGAGCAAGUUAUGGGAGAAAGGACGGAGAAACGCAGACUCCGAAAAAAAUUCAAGAUGACAGUUUAUUGCCGGCCGCUGGGUGUGAGUACGCAAUGACAAAGUCAAAACUUGCCAUGCCGGUUUUGACUUCGCUGGAACCUUUGGAGGAGAAGUAUAUUGGGAGGCUUUGGAGUUGGAUUGGGCGGAACUUGUAG